AUGAUUCAUGAUCCUAUACCGCUUAUUACCUCACUAAAUACUGUAGAUGAAGUGCAUCUUUUAGUCGGUGUUUCUUCAAUCAAGACAGCUCUUUCUAGAAUCGAUGCUUGUCUAAAAAGUGGGGCAAAAGUUAAGAUUAUCAUUCCCCCAAUUUUUACUAAUAAUACCACCUUUCUCAACAACAACAAUCAAAUUAAAAGAAUACACGAUAUUUUUUCGGAAAAUAUUGCCAACAAUUCAAUACAAAUAUUUAUUAGAGACUUCAAAUUAAGUGAUUUAACUACUUUAGGAAGAAGCAUGACCAGUUUUGUUGUUGAUAGAGUCUUUGUUAAUUUAGAAAGUUGCGAUGCCUUGGUACAAAAGGAAAUUUUCAAACAAUGUGUUAAAUUACGUAUUCCAUUGAAUACUUAUCAACAACCGGAUUUUUCAACUUUUAAUCUAGUGUCAACCUAUCAUGAUGACAAAAGCGGAUUGCAAAUUGCAAUAACUACCAAUAGAAAUGGGUGCUUGUUAAGCAAUAGAUUAAAACGAGAACUUGAGCUAAAAUUUUUGAAACCUUACAGAAUUUCUGAAGUUGUUAGUAAUAUGGGGAAUAUUAGAUCGCAAUUACUGAUAAAAGACUUGAACAAAUUGAGUGAAACAAAUUAUAUCAAUAGUUUAGGGUUUGGCAUUGAUGAGGAUUCGUGGGAUAGUCACAAAUUGAACGAUUUUGUUUCUGAAUUUAAUAAGGACGAAAAGUUUUUAAAAUUACAAAGAAGUAGGUGGCUAUCACAAGUUUUAGCCUAUUACCCAUUGGAGGCUUUGGCAGAUAUAACUUUGGAUCAACUAAGUGCAAAUUUUGGAACGGAAAAGAACAAUACGGAACUUAAUACCACUGAUACUACUAAAAAUAAGAGCACCAAGGAUGACUCUAAUCAACAACUUUCAAAGAUAUUAGAUCUUUCCAACUUAAGCAAUGCAACCAAACAGAAAACUGGAAGGGGUUCUAUUUCCUUAGUUGGUAGUGGACCCGGAUCAAUAUCUAUGUUAACUUUAGGAGCCUUACAUGAAAUUAAAACUGCUGAUCUAGUCUUGGCUGAUAAGUUAGUACCAGAACAGGUGUUAAAAUUAAUUCCUGAAAAAACACAAUUAUUCAUUGCCAGAAAGUUCCCAGGGAAUGCGGAAAGGGCACAGCAAGAAUUAUUGGAAUUAGCCAUUGAUGGAUUAAAGAAAAAUUUGAAAGUUGUCAGAUUAAAACAAGGUGAUCCUUAUAUUUUUGGACGUGGUGGCGAAGAAUAUUUAUACUUUCAAGCAAAGGGUUACAAUCCUCUUGUUUUGCCCGGUAUAAGUUCCGCCCUAAGUAGUACUGUUGUUGCUGGUAUACCUGCAACUCAGAGAGAUAUUGCAGACCAAGUGUUAAUUUGUACCGGUACUGGUAGGAGAGGGUCGUUACCUGAAAACUUUCCAGAAUAUUUACCAACAAGGACUACCAUAUUUUUAAUGGCAUUGCAUAGGGCGGAACUCUUAGUUGAUGAAUUGGUUAAUAAACGAAAUUGGGACUUUAAUGCGCCAACCGCUAUAAUAGAAAGAGCAUCUUGUCCUGAUCAACGUGUUACAAGGACUAAACUAGGUGAUUUGGCAGAUGUAGUUAAGGAAAUAGGCUCUAGACCACCCGGGUUGAUUGUUAUAGGUGAUUCCGUAAACGCCUUAAUCAACAAUAAUGAUAACUUGGAAGGGAGAGAAAAAGUGAAUGAAGAUCAGUUGUAUACUAUCAAUGAAGGAUAUAACGAAUUGUAUCCUGCCUUAGAUACAAUAAUAGCUAAACUAUCCUUGUAA